GGUGGAUGUGAAAUGCGGUAUCUUUGUUUCUCACACAAACAAAACAAACACCUUUGUGAAGUGUGAACCGUGUUAUGUUGUGUUGUGUUCAGCAAUAACCAGACCAUUCUAAUCACAAACGGUGCGCAUGUUCACAACACAACACAAACUUGUUCUUCAUUCAUCUUCCUCCAAUGAGCACCACUACUCUACCUUCUGUUCCACCACAAGAUGCAUGGACUCUCACUUCUCACAACUACCUCUCUCGUUGGGAUUCCCUCUCUCACCAGUCAACUAUCCCAAUUUCAAUAUCUAGAGUUAACCAAGUUGAUGCUGCAAGAUUGGACAUUGAAAUGUCAGCCAUGUUGAAAGAACAGUUGGUUAAAGUCUUCACUUUGAUGAAGCCAGGAAUGUUAUUUCAAUAUGAAGCAGAGCUUGAUGCUUUCCUUGAGUUUCUUAUUUGGAGAUUCUCAAUUUGGGUGGAUAAGCCAACUCCCGGUAUUGCUCUCAUGAAUUUGAGGUAUAGAGAUGAGCGUGCAGUUGAAGCAAGAGAAAAAGUAAGAACUGGUCUGGAGGGACCUGGACUCACUGUUGCUCAGAAGCUUUGGUAUUGUAUUGCCACUGUUGGUGGUCAGUAUAUUUGGGCUCGCUUACAAUCGUUCUCUGCAUUUCGUAGGUGGGGUGAUACUGAGCAGAGACCAUUGGCACGGCGUUUAUGGAUCUUCAUACAAAGAAUAGAAGGGAUUUAUAGAGCUGCUUCAUUUGGAAACCUAUUGAUAUUUCUUUGCACGGGAAGAUAUCGAAAUCUUAUUGAAAGAGUCUUACGAGCUAGGCUUGUAUAUGGGAGCCCAAAUAUGAACCGUGCUGUUAGCUUCGAGUAUAUGAACCGACAAUUAGUUUGGAAUGAAUUCUCGGAAAUGUUAUUGUUGCUUCUUCCUCUUCUUAAUUCGUCGUCUGUAAAGAAUCUCCUCCGACCUUUUUCUAAGGAUAAAUCAUCAAGUUCGGAUGAGGAUACCACUGCAUGUCCUAUUUGUCAGGCUACUCCAAUCAUUCCUUUUGUUGCUUUACCUUGUCAGCACAGAUAUUGUUACUACUGUCUUCGGACACGGUGUGCUGCUGCCCCUUCAUUUAGGUGUUCGAGGUGCAGUGAGCCAGUUGUUGCCAUGCAACGACAUGGUGGUGUUGCCACGGGAUGAUUGUUAUUCACAGAGAAGGAAAAAAUUCUUAGAGUUAGGGAGCAUUUGGUGUAACUUACACAGAAUUAGCAUAUAAAAAAAAAGCCUGAAAUUGUGGUGGUAUAUUUUUCCACUUUAUUUGGAUUUUCUCUUAUUAUUUAUACAUUUAAUUGGAAAGAAAAAAUAAAUCAAAUUUCUUCAAA